AUGCUGUCUGAAAAUGCGCAUUUUUUAUUCUACAUACUUGCAAUACUUUUUGCACAUUCACAAAAUAUUACUAAUGGAUUGCUUAUCGGUGCUGGAAAAUUUGACAUUACGGGUCCAGUAGUUGAUGUUGACUUCAUGGGCUAUGGCGAAUUCUCUCAAACUGGUAAUGGUUUACACCUGCGUCUCUAUAGUCGUGCUUUCAUUUUCCAAGCUGACGCUUCCUCUAAACCAGUUCUUUUUAUCAAUCUCGACGCGGGAAUGGUUUCUCAGCUAAUGAAAACUCAGCUGGUUCUACUGCUUCAAGAGGAGUAUGGAAAGGAAACUUUUGACCACAAAAAUGUAAUGAUUUCCGCAACUCACACUCAUUCUGGGCCCGGUGGAUAUUUUCAGUAUUUACUGUAUGAUAUUACUACUUUUGGCUUCUCAAACGACACAUUUACUACCAUGACGGAGGGGAUAUUUGAGAGUGUAAAGCAGGCCUAUGAAUCUCGUACUCCCGGAAAGAUUCUCUACGCUUCCGGCCCUCUUAAAGGUGCUAAUAUCAAUCGAAGUCCUUUUUCCUACCUACAAAACCCAGCCAGUGAACGUAAAUUAUAUUCAUCGGAUGUAGAUGAGACAAUGCAUCUGAUAAAACUAGUGACAAAUGACGGACGAGAAGUGGGAAUGGUAAAUUGGUUUCCUGUUCACGGCACCAGUAUGAACAAGACCAAUCGCCUUGUCUCCAGUGACAACAAGGGUUUAGCCGCCUACCUCUUCGAACGCUGGCAGAAGGAGACCAAUGGAAAUGAGAACUUUGUUGCUGCGUUUGCGCAGGCAAAUGAGGGCGACGUAUCUCCAAAUACGAGGGGUGCUAAAUGUGUUGAUACUGGGGCUCAAUGUGAUCCCCUUACUAGUACUUGUAGUGACGGAAGGGUAAGCAUUUAG